AUGGCUUCAUUCGACACGGAUGUGGAUUUCAGUGAAAGUCGAGCCGCCGAGAUCAAUGCAGUAGCCUGGGUGUUCACUGGCAUUGCCAUUGCCGUGGUCGCGUUGAAGCUGUUUGCUCGAGGACAUGUCGCGAAGAGCUUGGGAUGGGAUGAUUUCUUCAUUUUCUUUUCAAUGGGCCUCAGCAUCAUCGCCGCAGCAUUUGUCUCGUACGCGGUCACCUUAGGGCUCGGUCGCCAUACGGCGGCGGUGAUUGCCGACCAUGGCACCGACCGAUAUGUCCAAACGGCCAAAUGGCAGAUCAUAGCAUUCCGUGCCUUUAGCUUCCCCAACAUCUCCAUCGCCAUCCUCAUCAGCCACCUCCUCGACCCGAACCCGCUGCGCACGCGCGGUCUCUACGCUAUGGUGACGAUGCAGGUCGUCUUCGCCAUGGUCUCCGUCUUCAUCGUCUUCUUCCAGUGCCGGCCCACCCAGAAGCUGUGGGACGCCUCGCGGGAGGGCCGGUGCUGGGACGCCAGCGUCUUCGACGACUUCUCCUACUGGGUCAGUGCCUACACCACGAUGACGGACAUCGUUCUGGCCGUGGUGCCCAUCCGCGUCUUCUGGAAGCUGCAGAUGCGCACCUCGACCAAGGUGGGGGUGUGCAUCAUGAUGGGGCUGACCUUGCUCUCGGCGAUCGUGACCAUCGUCAAGGCCACCUAUCUGCAUCUGUUUACGGACCGGACGGAUCCACUAUAUAAUGUAGUACCGCUAGUCGUCUGGGGCCUCAUCGAGCAGAACGUCGUCAUCAUGGCGGCCUGCAUCCCCACGCUCCGGCCCUUCUUCCGCAAAGCCUUCGAAUCCAAGGGCUACCGCUCCGACAGCCAUCCCUCCCAUCCGUACUCCGGCGGAUCCGCCUUCAAGCUUUCGACCACUCCCAAGCCCUCGGGUGCCCAGCGUCUCCCGUCCGAGUCGGAGUUGCCGCUGGACACGAUUCCCCCCCAUGAUCAGGAUGGGGAAGCGGAUGCCGCGGAUUCGCGGCGGGGGAUCUGGCGGACGAGUCAGAUUCAUGUGACUGUGCAGCAGUCGGGCGCCGGGGCCGCGCAUGUGCCAAUGGAUGCAUUACAUUGACCACCGUCAGGAAGCAGAGUGGCUCGAGGUGGAAAGGGAAGUCACGUAUACCCUUGUGCACAGCACAGUCCCUCGGACUGUUCAAAUUCAUGGUCAGUAAACGGAUUGCUUUCUAUUUCCUUGUGCGUGUAUCAUUGCUGGGUCAUUGCGUCUGGCUCGAUACGAUUAGUAGGGAACCGACGUCAAUAUCCCCCCGAAUAAUGUGAACCCGGAAUCCUUGGGCACACAGGAACAUGUAUCAUGGAAGAAGAAAGAAGAAGUCCAAGACGAUGGUUAUCCUUCCCUCCGAGCCCUGAAAACACGGAUGUCAAUGUGUCCGGAUGCUCCUUUUGAAUUAGACCUGAUUGAUUCUUUGCAUGGUCAGCCUGACAACUGAAUUGCCAUACCAGGCGAAUGCCGG